CAGACUCUGUGUGUGUGUGUGUGGUUUUUCGAUUUUCGGUUUAUUUUCAGGCACAAAUAAGGACUGAUUAAUGGUGAGUAGUGGUAAUAUUGUCUGAAAACGUACUUGUGCAAGGUUUUUGCUGACUGACAGUAGAGCAAUGCUAACAGAAUUACAACAGUAGUAUUCCAAGCAGCAAAACAAAGAAAUUGGAAGAAAACCCCAGAGUGAUGCUGCAGUUCUCUGUGACCACAGUUCCUGCGCAUGGUUGAAGCCUGCUCCAGCUUUCUGGCCAACGCCCUCCUCCCAGACAACUGUGUUGGUGUCCUGAGGCUGGCUGACGCCCACUCGCUAGUACCCUUGCAGGCCUGCGUGCAAGACUACAUCUCCCAAGCCUUCUCCCAUGUAGCACUCCAUGAAGAGUUUCUGGAGUUGCCAGAGGAGGCACUGGUGAACCUCUUGAAGCGCGAUGACCUGAGCGUGACGGAAGAGGAGCAGGUGUUUGAGGCAGCCAUUCGCUGGGUGCGGGCACGUGAAACUGAAAGGCUGCCUACCCUACCACGCCUGUUGCAGCACAUACGCCUGCCCCUCCUAAAUCCAUGGUACUUUGUUGAAAAAGUGGAAGGGGACCCCCUUGUGCGAAGGAGCCCUGAGGCCUUUAAUUUGCUGCAGGAGGCUCGCAGGUACCACCUCUCCGGGACUGAGGUUGUCUCUGAGCGCACCAAGCCACGAGUCCAGGAGUUCCAGUCGGAGGUGUUCAUGAUCAUUGGCGGAUGCACUAAGGAUGAAAAAUUUGUAUCGGAGGUGACCUGCUUGGACCCCCUACGCAGGAGUCGACUGGAAGUAGCCAAGCUGCCCAUAACUGAGAUGGAGGCAGAGACCGACAACAAAAAGUGGGUGGAGUUUGCCUGCAUCACAUUCCAGAAUGAAGUUUACCUGUCUGGGGGAAAGGAGACCCAGCAUGAAGCAUGGAAGUACAAUGCUGCCCUCAAUAAGUGGAUCCAAAUCGAGUAUCUCAACAAUGGGCGCUGGAGGCAUAAAAUGGCAGUACUGGCAGGGAAGGUCUAUGUGCUGGGUGGGUUCAAUGGCACCCAGAGACACAGCAGUGUGGAGACCUACGACUCCUUUCACAACACCUGGACAGAGGCAGCACCCCUCAUGCUGAGUGUGAGCUCCUUUGCCACAGCCAGUCACAACAACAAGCUAUAUGUGAUUGGAGGGGGUCCAAAUGGCAAACUGGCAACAGAUAAGACCCAGUGCUUUGACCCUUGCACCAACAAAUGGACUCUCCGGUCCCCAAUGCCCACUGAAGCAAAAUGUAUAAAUGCUGUAACCUUCAAAGAUUGCAUUUAUGUAGCUGGUGGUGCAAUGAAGGCACUCUACUGCUAUAACCCUUUGGAGGACACCUGGAGUAUGGUGACACAGUUCAGCCAUGAGAGAGCCAGUUGUGGUCUUGCAGCAUGUAAUGACAAGCUCUUCAUCACAGGAGGGCGGGAUGAAAGGAAUCAGGUGAUCGCCACAGUGCUGUGUUGGGACCCGGGCACAAAGAAGCUAACAGAGGAGUGUGUGCUACCCCGUGGUGUGUCCCACCAUGGCAGUGUUACGCUGCGGAAAUCAUAUACACAUAUCCGGAGAGUAACGCCUAGAACUGUGGCUGUAUGACUUUAAAUUGCAAAAUUGGCAAACUCGCUACACAAGCUAACAGGCAGGAGUACCCAAAAAGCUGGGUUGCUGUUACUGAUGAUUACUGAGAAAAAGAUAUCAUAAAUAAGGAAUGUACUGGAUAUGGAACUGCACUUGUGACUGAAACACAGGCCUUACCUCAUUGUUAUAUUUGCCAUGGCUGCAUAAGAGUAAAUGGUAGAUAAAUAUACUAUGUACUUAUUUU